GAGAGAGACGCCGAGGAGGCGAAAAAGAGGAAAUGGCAAAGUUCGGGGCCGCCCGAGCAAGCACGGAAGGAUAAGCACGGUGGAGGUGGCGGUUCGUUCAAAACACCGGCACCACCGGCAAAGAAGAACAAGGAUGCUCGGUGGCAUGCAUCCUCCUCCCAAAAGACGGGACCCCCUAGGUGUGCUAAUUGUUCGAAAAAUCACUUUGGGAAGUGCAAUGCACCCCCAAGGUGUUAUCAAUGCGGGAACACGGGCCACAUGAAGGCCAAUUGCCCACAAUUAGGGGGUGGAGGAGCUUCGGGAUCCGGAGGAGGAACCAUGACGGGAAGAAACCGUGCGGGACCGUCAAACGGCGGUACGGGAAGAGGCAACGCAUCCACAAGUCAUGCCGCGUCCGUAAAUCAAGGCGGGACCCAAGCACGAGUGUACGCAAUGACCGAGGCGGAUGCGCGAGCAAACCCGGACUCCGUUGCAGGUUGAAGCUAGGGCUUGCUACUUGCACCUUCUCACGGGUGAUAUCACAUCAGGAAGACGUGGUUCGUGCUUCCUUAUUUUCUUUCAAACUACCGAACACUUGCUCAUGGAUAUUUGUUCUACUAUAAACUAUUUUUGGGGCUUGCAUGCCCAUGUUGUUGGCCGGUUGUGGCUUAUGACUUACCGUUGAAUAUUUCCGCUAUUCAUUGGUUUAAAUGUGAUGUUGUUAUGUAUGUUUACUACUGAGUAUGGAUGGAUUGUUUUCUCGAAC